GACUGAAAUUAUUUUUCUUGCAUCAAACAUGACCCCCACUUUUCUUUUGAUUUUUAUUUAUCACUGACAAUAUUCUUCAAGAAAAUGUAGUUUACAGACAUUUAAAAUGGGUCCUGAUGUGUGCUGCGGCCAUUGGAAAUAGGUCAAUUUUAUAUAGAAUAAAGAACAACAACUAUUUAGUGUGUUAUAACCUUUACAGGCGAUAUCUCCUGAGGUUUUUCAAAUUUUGUAUAAUUAUGUCCCUUUUCUUCUCAAAACACUAGAUAAUCAGAGCCAGAAUAUAUAAGAGAUUUUUUUAAUUUUUUUUUUAAAUGAAAAGAUUAUCUAGUCGGUAGUCAGACGUUACUGAUCUGAGGAAAUGUGCCCCGGAAUAUUUUUAUCAUCUGAUAUUUAAGUAAAUGUUGGAAAAGCUAAAAAUGAAACGCUAGUUUUACUAGGAAAUCUUUUUAUCAUUCCAUUAUUGUUUUGGCAUAAUUAACGUGCCAAUGACAUUUAGGUUUAAACUGCUGUUAGGAUCAACAAAUCAACAAUAAAAUGGUAUUGCCUAUUGUAAUAUAGCCAACGAAUGUAUUUUAUAUUCGCCAAGCGCAACGUCUACCACGUGUAUAACUUAAGCUCUCGGGGCUCUUAGAGUUUAACAAACUUUAACAAUUUUAUUGUGUUGAAAUCGGAUACACUACAUUUGAAUAAAGCAUUUGAAGAGAAAAUCUGUUACAACUUCAAUAAAUGAUCUCAAGUGAUCGAGAAUAUUAAGGACAGUUGCAGUUAUAUAUCGAUUAUAAACAAGACAAUAUGGCAAAGGAAAAACUACACAACGUGGAUACAGCCGAACAACUCGAGCCACUAAACCUAGAAACGGGAUCUAAAAAACCUGUGAAGAAACGCCAAGGAUGGGAUUCAAAGUGGCAAUAUAUCUUUAUGGUGAUCAGUUAUGCCGUCGGAUUGGGGAAUGUCUGGCGGUUUCCGUAUUUAGUACAACAGCACGGCGGAGGUGCGUUCCUUAUACCCUACCUCAUCAUGUUGUUUGCCGAGGGAAUGCCCAUUUUAUACCUCGAGUUCGCCAUUGGACAAAAAAUGCAAAAGGGUACAGUUAUAGUUUGGAACGAAAUAAACCCACUUCUUGGGGGCAUUGGGUUAGCGAGCGCUGUGACGUCAUUUAACGUAGCUAUAUAUUACAACGCCAUCAUAAUGUGGUGUUUCUUUUAUCUGUUCCAUUCAUUCCAAAGUCCGUUGCCAUGGGCAACCUGUCCCACAGAAUUCAAUGAGGCUGAAAAUAAAACUGUAGAAAUAGAAGAAUGCGUUAAAGGCGGCUCUACGUCAUAUUUCUGGUAUAGGAACGCCCUGGACGUUUCCCCGGAUUUAUCGUCGCCGGACGGAAUCAAAUGGAAGAUGCUACUUUGCUUGAUUUUUGCGUGGUGUAUUGUGUAUGCUUGUAUAUGGAAAGGAAUUAAGUCUUCCGGCAAGGUUGUGUAUUUCACAGCAACAUUUCCGUAUAUCGUGUUGUUGAUAUUCUUUGUACGUGGAAUAACGCUGAAGGGCGCUGUUGACGGACUGCUGCACAUGUACACCCCAAAGCUUGACCGUCUUGGGGACCCACAGGUGUGGUUAGAUGCUGCCACACAGAUAUUCUACUCGUUUGGCCUUGGGUUUGGUGGGCUGAUUGCAUUUUCAAGUUACAACAACAUACACAACAACUGUCAGAGAGACGCUAUAAUGAUCUCCAUGUGUAACUGGUUUACGGCACUUUUUGCCUCUACUGUCAUUUUUGCUGUCCUUGGUUUCAAGGCUACAUUGAUGUACGAGAACUGUCUAAAACAUAAUUUUGAGAUGUUUGGUUUGGCGAAUCCCGAGUUAGCCAUCAACCUGACGGAAGAGAUGUGGCAGACGACAUAUAUGGUCACCGGAAAUGACACUGCAAGUGUUGCCGCCAACGCUGUAGCCUAUGUUACACCUAAUAAUACAUGGACAUGUAGUUUAGAAGAUGAUCUCAAUAAUGCAGCGUCAGGAACAGGUCUGGCUUUCAUCAUCUUCACACAGGCUAUAGUUGAGUUCGGACCUUCAGCCCCGUUCUGGUCCAUCAUUUUCUUCAUGAUGUUGUUGUCUUUAGGAAUGGGUAGUGAGUUCGGAACAAUCGAGGGGUUCACCGCAUCUAUAUAUGAUCUGGAGCCAUUUCCGGCAAUAACGAGAAAGAAAUGGCUAGUUUCAGCUUUGAUAUGUGGAUUCAGUUGCCUUGUCGGCCUGCUAUUUGUACUUGGAAGUGGAUCGUACUGGGUGGCGUUGUUUGACAGUUUUGCUGGCUCGUUUCCUCUGAUCACAGUGGCCAUGUCAGAAUGUUUUACUAUAGGAUAUGUUUAUGGAGUUAACAAGUUUUCCGAUGAUAUAGAAUUUAUGAUUGGAAGUAGGCCAAACAUAUACUGGAAGAUUGUAUGGAAAUUUAUUGCACCAUUCCUUGUUCUCGGUCUGCUACUGGCAACGAUUGUUAAAUAUUUCCUAAAGGAAAUCACAUACAGUGCCUACGAUGCUGAAACUGCAUCAAUGGUUCAAAAAGGUUAUCCGUGGUUUGGAGCUUUGCUUGCUGCAAUUCUAGUUUUCUCUGCAAUUGGUUGUAUACCAGUUAUUGCACUACUUAGAAAAUUCAGAAUCCUCAACUGGAGUUAUUCUAAACAGAUUCAAGCUGAGAUGCACGGCCAUACACAGAGUACAGCUAAAUUCAUACGAUCAGUUAGCAGUAUGGACGAAACAGACUCAGGGCUUGAAUUACCAAAUGGUAAUCCGCCGUUCAGAGAUAUCGAGGAAGAAGGUACUAGAGCUUCAAUAGAUGAUGGUGCAGUCAAGUUUACAGUACUUCAAUAGACUAUUUUGCUCAUCAAAUUUUUAAUGAACAGAGUGUGUACAGAAUUUGAAGUGUUUGUCUGUUAUAGGUAAUGUCUCACUCAAAUGUUAAUCAUCUUUAAUAAUCCGGGGACAGAGUAAUAGGGAGCCAUUUCCUGAAAUUCAGUUAAAUGUUGAUGAUGAUGAUGUAUCAAGCGCUAUUUUAGGGUCAGAUUAUCAGAACUAGAGGUUUUAAAGGAUGUACCAGCACAUGCGAUUAAUGAAGCCAAGAAGCGUUUUAUCAUAACUUUGUUAAAAAGGAAAUAAAUGGUCAUAAAAAUUUGAAGUGGUGUUUGACAGUAAAGCUUAUUAAGUUGUAAACAUUUAAGCAGAUUGAAGCUCUGAAUCUCUCUAGUGGUACAGGGUCUCCAUGGUCAAGUUGUUAAUAUUGCAUGCUUCAAAUCACUUACCCCUGACACCUGUGUGAUUUCAAGCCCUGCUUGAGUACCUUUGUGAGGAAGGUGCAUUAUAGAAGUUUGGUGCCAGCUGACUUCACAGUAAUGCCUUUAGGAGUACUGGGGGUUUCUUCCACCAUUAAAGCCAGAAAGUCACCAAAUAACCUUAAUUUGUUGUUGUGACUUACAAAAUCUAACAACAACAACAACAAAUACUCUAGUACUUAACACACACAAUAUAAUCAUUCUAAUCAGUACUUGGACUGAUUACUUUAAAGUCUGGCAUGUUUCAGUCAUGAAGUUAUAGUUUUGGACAUGGAAUUCCAGAGUGAAAAAAUAGGAUGAACAGGCUCUGCCUAGAGUAUAGCAUAGCAUUUAGUGUUUCUUAGCCUCUGUUCUAGACUUUCAAACAUUACUUUUUGUAAGCCUGUUUUGGAAAAACAGCCAUAAUAUGUGAUGACAUGUGUGUCUGUCUGUUCACAAACUGAUUUAAUUCAGAAUGUUAAAUAAGUCUGUCAUAUUUCUUGUUGGGUGCACAACUUAUAAACUAUUCAAAAUACUUAAUUUUAACUUGGAAUAUGAGAUAGAUUACAGAGUGCAACAAUCCUUAUUACUCAUCCCCCACUCGAAGUUAACACCCUCCCCCACUGUAAAAAUAGAUAUCAUAUUUAGUGUCUUGGGCCUAAAUACCUCUUCUCCCCCACCCCUCGUCAACUCCCACAACUUUAACUCCACCCAGCCCCCUAGCGCCUGCCCAGCAUAAUCAGACUUUUUUUUUUUUUGAAUUUUACUUCUUCCACCUCUGAUCUAAAACUUUGGGUGUAUAUAUUGCCCCGCUCUGCAGAGCUGUUUUUUUGGUUCUUGUUGCAAACUAUAGUGUCACAUUUGUGAUAUUUUUAGCAAAAAUCAUGAUGAAAUGUAUAAGAAGACAAACAGGUUUCUCAAAAUAGUCAAAAACAAAACCUUAUCUAGUAAAAUUUAUCAUAGGUUGACUAAAUCUUCUAGUUUAAUUGGGUACUGAUUAAAUAAACUUUUGAAAAUUGGGCGAAGCUUGACUAAAUCUUAGCUUACUUAGGCAAGGGUAAAGUUUAUUAAGUCUUGCCAGGUAAGACAAUCUAUUUGAAAUCAUAACCAAUGUAAUGAUGAUCUAUAAAAUGCUAAACAAACUGUCAAAGUUUAAAAUUCAUUUCAUAAUUACAAUGUAUAUCUUUUAAAUAUUUGAUGCUUGAAAAGUGAAAAACAAGUUAAUUAUUCUCUUUAAUGUCUUCAAAACUUACGGUAUGUAAUAUUAAAUUUCAGGAGGUUUGUCCAAAUUCUAUAUUAAUCGUAAAGUUUAUGUUAAAAUUGUUCAUUUCAGCUGAUACGGGUUCAGUACAAUGUCUGUUAUAAAUUGUCUUCUAUUUUACAUGAAUUUUCCUCUGGAUUGUCCAGGGUUUAUUUUUCUUUGACAAAAUUAAUUAAAGCAAAAAAUUUAUGUUAAUAUCACACUUACCUCAUUACACUGACAUGUUAAAUGUUGUUAAAAAAAAUAAAAAGAAAAAAAAAAGAAAAAAAAAGAAAGUAAAAAAAAAAUAUGGAAAAAAAUACAUUAGAAAACUCGGAAAUGGAACUUUUCCAAACAAAAAAUAUCAGAGACCAGCACGUUUGUCUUUGACCGGCUUAUGUGUAAUGACCAUUUUCUGCUGUAUUAAAAAAAAACAACAAGCCAGCAUAUUGACAAACUAUACAGGACUUUUUAUUAAAAAAACAACAAAACAAAAACAGAACCAAAAAAAAAAAAAAAAAAAAAAAAAAAAAAAAUUACAGGAUAUUUUACUUUGUGUUCUAUAUUUUCACAAGACAAUCUGCUGGAGUAACUGUUAAAGUUCUCUCACUUUCUAUUCAAAAUUAUCUCAAAAAAUGGAUGAAAUACAAGUAAGUAAAUUAGUAUGAAAGUUAGGGUUAGGGCUGAAUAUAUUAAAUGGGUUUUUGUAUAAAUUGUUGUCAUUAUAAACUUUUAUAAGAUAUUCCUGUAUGGAAUGAUCCAGUGUUAGAAAACCAACAUUCUAGAAAUUUGUUUUCAGUUUUUGUAUUAGUUGUCUAUUUAACAUAUAGAUUUUAUAUCAAUCAGUGAGUUAAUUGUGUGUUACUGAAAAUUUUCAUGCCAUCUGUAAAUAAGUAAACAGUAACUCCAAACAAUGAAUUGUACAUAAUUAUCAUGAUGUACUGUUGUACAUAGUGUACAUUAUGGUUAUGUAAUGCAAAGGGGGUUUGUUUCUUAGUGGUAUAGUAUAUCUAAUUCCUUGAUAUAAGAUCAGUUUUGUUUCUGAGUGGUGUUGAAUAUUUAUCAAAUGGUACAUUUGUAUCGUAGUAAAAUUGGUAAUGUACACAUUAUCAUAUGAGGCAAGAUCUACUUGUAUAAUACAUCUUAUUAUAUUACUGGUUUACAAGAGUAUUGUUUUUGUAGUGGUAAUUGUCAAUUUAAAAUGAUACAAAAAUGUUCCAUAGUGGUAUAUUACAUUUUAUCACAUGAUGCAAGUGAAUAUUGUUUCGUAGUGGUAAGUGCCUAUGUUAUCAGACCGAUGCAAGAAUAUUUUUUAACUUUAUCAUGGUGCAGGAGAAAUUGUAUCACAGUGGCAUUGUACAUGUAUCUUUAUAUCAUAAUAUGAUUAUGGUGCAGUUUUGUUUCAUAGUGGUAUCAUACAAUCAUAUACAAGAGAGUUUUGUUAAUAUAGUGGUAUCCUACAUUAGAGACAUUGACUUUCUAUGGCAUGUAAGGUGCUUAGAUAGGCUGUCAGGAGAUGUACUGAGGUGGCCUAAGGAUUGCAAGUGCUUGCAUGAUUUAAUCGUUGCCUUCAUUCCAUUUAUCCAUGAAAGUAUUAUAUAAAUUGUUGAGUGGCGAUGCCAUUUACUUCUAUUUACAGUUUAAAUAUGUUUGCUUCCAUGAAGCAAAAAGUACAUUCAAUUUUCUUAUGUUCAACCUCAAAGGCUGAGCAUUCCAGAUACACAAUUUUUGAUUGGUUAUGACUGUAUGUCAUAUUUAACCAGUAUUGUUCAUGGAAAUCAUGCACUUUGAUUUCACUGGCAUAUCAUAAACAUAUACCUGAUACUAUAAAUCAAGUGAAAAUUGUAAGACUAUGAGAAUAAGAUGUUUUAAUUUACAUACAGAUACAAAUAAAAUGAACAUUGCAAAACUAUGUUUCAUGCAUUCCGACAUUAUCUUUGUUCAUGUUACUGCAUGUUGCAUAUAGUGCAACUAGCUUAUACAUGUAGAUACCUUGAAUUGAAAGGUCAUUUUAAAUCUGAAGAUAAUAACAGCUGAUUUUUUUUAUAGAAAUUCAUUCUUUAUUAUUAUCAUAUGAUUAAUGCUGGGGAAAAUGGUCUAGGGUUCUAAAACUGAUUUUGAAGACCAGGUUCAAAACUCUGGCAUUUGAUUGGCUAAUUUUGAACUUAAUUUUGGAGUUGACCAAUAACAGGGCAGUGUACUCAGACUGGUCUGCAAAUGCUAAUUAUAAUGCAAGUUUUGUAGAUGUAGGUAAUUGAUAAAGCAACAAGCUCAAGAUUUUUGUUAUUUUUUUUUUACAUAAAACAGCAUUAUUUUAACUUGUGUCGACAAUACCAUAUAAAACAUUAUAUAAAAUAUAAUGUAGUGUAAUUAGUAGUCUAACAUAUACCAUUGUGCCUGAUGUUGUUAUAGAGUAGGUGCUUAUUGUAGUUGUAAGGAACUGGGCCUGUAUUCAUCAACAUUUCCAUCCAAAUUAUUCCCUGAGAUACAAAUCAAAUCCUUACACACAUAUAAAAAAUGCAUCUACUUCUCCAGUAAGCAAGAACUAAUUUGAUUAUCAGGAGAUUUGCUUUUACAGGGAUUUCAGAUCAGGGUCAAAGGUGACUGAACUGAGUUUGAAAACCAGUCUCUAUGCAUCUAUAGCAUCUGCUUGGUUGAUUCUGAGCAGUUUUAAAAUUGACCAGUGGCAACAUCCGAUGUUGCUCCUUGCGGAGUUGGUGCGAUCUUCUGGGCAUGUCCGGAAGUGAUUAUCAGUUGGAAUGCAUGGCAAAAAUAAUGUAAAUUAUUGCAUGUCUGCACUCAUGUAGUAUAUGAUAUACUGACGAAAGGUUAGGGUUAGUAUCACCAUGGUUACAAAAUUUAUACAUUUAAGAUACUUUUUGUUCAAAUUGCUUGAAUCCGGUAUAUAUUAGAGUCUGUUAUUUAUACAGGUGCUCCAGGUCUGCAAUGAAUCACUCUUGACAAGAUCACAUACUGAGACUCCUGGACAAAGCACACCAUUGGUUUUGGUAUAUUUAUGUAUUUACGCCUUACGAAGUAGAUCAGCUUAAAAAAUUUGUAGUGUAUAAAUACUUGUAGUAGGUAAAUGGACCUAGAAAAGUAGUUUAGCUGUAAAUAUGUGUAAUAUGUAACAGACCUAGAAAAGUAGUUCAGCUGUAAAUAUGUGUAAUAUGUAACAGACCUAGAAAAGUAGUUCAGCUGUAAAUAUAUGUAAUAUGUAACAGACCUAGAAAAGUAGUUCAGCUGUAAAUAUGUGUAAUAUGUAACAGACCUAGCUAGAAAAGUAGUUCAGCUGUAAAUAUGUGUAAUAUGUUACAGACCUAGAAAAGAAGCUCAGUUUUAAAUGCUUAAAGUAGUUCAUCAGCAUUCUGUAAAUACUGGUGGUAUAAAAACAGGCCUAGAAAAAUAGUUCAGUUGUAAAUACUGGUAGUUACAAAGCUUAUAUAAAAACAGCAUCAGUAACUUGCUAUAAUGUAUAUAUUGUAAAUAACUCAUUCAAAAUCAUAUCUGCCGGAGGACAAAGUGAUUUUUUACAUCAUAUAUAAUGGUCAUUUGACUGCAAUUUAUUAUAAUUAAUAAUGUUCAGCAUUAAAAUUGUCUGUGAUGAUUUUGAUUUGAUAGUAAUCAAGAAAGAAAUAUUUUUAUUGUCACAUGUUUUCUUAGGACUCCCUGCAGAUCUUUGUCUCAAAAGAACUUACUUUAGUAACACUGCUUUCUUGAGCAUUGAUGACUCAAACGCCAGGGCUGACAUUAACAAGUCAUAUGGUCUGUGGCCAUUUUCCAUAUAUUUUUUUAUUUCGAAAACCUUGAUAACUCUCGCAUUCUGCUCUUUGUGAAUGUGAGCGACAGAUGUUUUGUAUAUAUAUAUAUGUCAUGUCUCUUUAUGUACCGACGAUUUAUCACAAUAGAAAUUAACAUUAGCAAAUUGAUAAAACUAUGCAAUUCUGGCUCUUUUUUUAUGAAGAAGGUAAAAAGUAUUUUUAAACUUUUAACAGAUAAAUGUAUUGUUUUUAUCUUUAAAUUUUCUUUAGAGAACGUCAUUCCUUGUGACCUGUUUAAAUUUAAGUUUAACUCAUUUUACAUAACUAUUUAGAUCAAAUUCUUGAAAACAAGAUGCGUUUUUUCCAGUUAGUUAUACAGAAAUUUUGCUGACGUGUAUAAUGAAAUUGCAUAGCACUGUUAGAGUGAAAGGUUUCAGGUAAAUCUUUUUUAUGUUACAGUAGAUCAGAAAAUGACAGUAAGAUCAUAUACUGCCUUGUACAUAUUAGAGAUGAUAAGUUUAAUGUUGAACCUGUAUGUGUAGUAAAAUUUUAAGCAGAUUUUAAGGAAGUAAAUGGUCACUAUAAGAAGUAUAAAGCAUUUACUAGUCUGUCUUAUUCUCAGGGAUAAUGAAAAUAUUUGUUGCAUUUAUCAAAAAAUAAAAAUGAUACAGAAUAUUGAUGUAUUAGUAGCAGCAUUAGUUUUUAACCUUUACCCUGCUAAAUUUCUAAAAUGGACUGUUCUGUCAUUUAAUUUGGGCAGUACCAUUUAUUGCUUGUAGGGGUGUUCACUGAAAAUUUACUAACUGAAUAGCGAACAGUGCAUCUGCAUGCAGGCUGAUCUUGGUCUGCAUUGUUUGCAAAGGCAAAAUCACUUGCUGCCAGCAGGCUAAAGGUUAAAAUAUUUCUAUUUCUCCUUUCUAAAAAACUAACACUUAUUAUAUUUUAUAUAUUUAUUGUAAUAAUAACAGCCAAGCAUUACCUGAUACUUACAGCAUUGAUAUCACCAUCUUUGAUAUGUUUCAGAGUGUUUUUUGAAGUUGAAUUCAUCAUACCAUGACAUGUAUAUAGUUCUGUUUAAAUUUGUAUAUACAAAAUGUAUGUAUCAUUUUUAUAAUAUUCUUUGGUCAAAAAUGAGUUACAUGUACAAUCAGCUGACAGUUAACUGUCUUCACAUAAUUAUUUUAAUGUGUAGAUACGUUAUUGGGGACACAAUCUUUAUUUUCUCUUUCCGAUUCUUGGUAUAGGUCAAAGAAGUAUAAAUUUAUUUUUAUAGCUCUUGGUUUAGGUGGACAAUUAAAUUAUCCAUUUCCACUUUGUCUUGAACAUAAGCAUUGCUCAAAUCCAUUGUGUUCUUUGUUUUUGUUUUAAUAAGGAAUCAACUGGAAAAAUCAUAAAACCAUUGUCUUUGAUUUUAUGAGGCUUUGAUUGGAAAAAUCAUGAAUUACACGCAGUUAGGUAAAUUUUUAGCAUCUAACUUAUAAAAUGUUUUGUCUGGGAUAGCAUUUGAUCGUAAAAAAAAACCCCACAACAAAUGUUGGAAAGAUAUGUCCAUGCAUUUGUCAGGUAGGGAUAGGCUGUGAUGUAGAUUGUAUAUUCAUUUUUGACCUAAGAAGUGUUUUAGCUGAAUCUCAUGUUUGUUUAAAUUAACCAUGACAGAAUAUUUUAGCAAUAGAUCAGUGGGUGUGAAACAAAUUGAUUAAAAUAUCUUUUAUAUGUGGACAUGUACUGGUACUUUUGCUGAACAUCAGUUCAAUUUCCACUUACCAUACGCUGUGCUUGGGGUGAGCUAUUCUUGUCCCUGACUGUCUGUCCUCUGUCCGUCCACACUUUCCUUUGAAAUAUAUCUCCUGGGAAACUAAUGGUCAGAAUUGCACCAAACUUGGUCAGUGGCAUCCUGGCAUGAUCCUCAUAAAGUUUGUUCAAAUGUUUAGGGGCAACUGAAGCUAAAAAUAGAAACACCUGUAAAUAACUUUUUAUGAAACCCUCAGAUCUUCAUCAAACUUUGUCUGUACCAUCAAUACAAGGUCCAUUCUGACACUCAGUUUUGUUCAAAUUUGGGUGCUUGGAUCCUUUUAGUGGUCAUUACAGCUAAAAAUAGAAAUACCUUUAACAGUUUUGUCUCAUGAACUACUUGAUUGAUCUUCAUCAAACUUGAUCUGUAGCAUUAGUUUAUUGUCAUCUCCUAAACUGUUUAAAUGGGGGUGCUUUUCCCCUUUCAGGGGUCAUUACAGCUAAAAAUAGAAAUACCUUUAAACAGCUUCGUCUGAUGAACCACUUUCAGGGACCAUUACAGCUAAACAUAGAAAUACCUUUCAAUGACUUUUGCUCAUGUGCCGCUUGAUGGAUCUUCAUCAAACAUGGUAUGUAGCAGCGUUGUUAGGUCCUCUCCCAAUUUUAUUCUGAUGGGGAGGCUUGGCCCCUCUUAAUGGCCAACAGAGCUAAGAAUAGAAAUAUGUUUAAAUAACUUCUGUUCAUUAACCUUUAGAUACAUUAUUGUAAGGUCCUUCCCCAAAUCUAUUCAAAUGGGCUGAAACAUAGGUGAGCAAUCUAGGUCAUCAUGGCCCUCUUGUUUAUUAAUAGAGGUGUGAAAAAGCAAGGGGUCUACCUAAAAGAGGGAUGAAAGCAAAAGUGGUCUAUCAUGAAGGUGUAUCUAAAUUGAUUGAAGUGUCAUACUUGAAACUUACACAAAAGCUCAAUUCACAAUAAAGGACAUCCAUAAACUUUAAAAUUAGAAGAAAGGCAGCAUAUUCCCGUGUUAUAAAUUUCUGAAUGAGGAAGUUGUGGUUUGUGUUAGACUAUUGUUGUCUACCUCAGUGUAUCCUUCAAUAUAAGAUAAAUAUACUACUGUAUAAUAAAGCAUUUAACAGUUAAGUUAGUGGACAGAAUUUAUUACUGUAUAAUUUGUGUACAUAUAAAACAUUCCACUUUAAUUUGCGUAUAAUAAAAUGCCUGAAUAAUAGAAUUAGAAUUUUAUGUGAAUUAGUAAAUGCUUCCAGUAAAGAAUCUUUUUAACAAAGUGUUUAACAGUGUAGAUUGCAUGGGACAUUAUCAAGACGUUACUAAGAAAAUUUAGUUUAACUUAUUCUUAGUAUAUUCUGUAGUAUAAACAGGUUAUAUGUUAUGUUCAAGGGUUUUAUUUCAAAAUUGACAGAAAGAAAGGUGUAACUGUUAGUACAGGUUGAACCCUAGUAUCAGAAAUUGUAAACUAAAAACCACUUCUCAAGAUAAGAUUUUGUCCACUAAAAGUGAACUGUUUUAAGAAAUGUAAAGUGAACUGUUUUAAGAAAUGUGUUUCAUGAUUGUGUUUGAUAGAAUAGAUAAAUUUUCAGUGGUUUUAGUGGUGCUUAAUAAAAUGAACAAGUCUGAAUACCCCUACAGUGUUGAGGCCCAAUACUGCUAGGCCAUAAUAAAUUGCUAGGCCAUAAUAAAUUUAUUGCUGGAUUAUCAUCCACUCCCCACUCUAACUUUUAUGCCUCCCAAAAUUUAUUUGCUGAAAGACAUUUCUAGUUUUUACUGAGUAAUCUUUAGGAAGUUAAUAUUUGGCUUCCAAUUACUAUUGUUAUUUUUAGAAACUGUUUACUCCAUUGAUGUUUUACUCUAUUGCUUACUCACAGUUUUUGAAAAAAAAAUAGCUCAUCAUUUCAAAUGUUUCUAACAAAGAAUACAAUCAAUUAUCAGAAAUAAAGAAGUGCUCCUUCCAACUUUUUUUAACUGAAAAUUUGAUUAUAAUCAAGCAGUUUAUAAUGGCCUAGACCUCAGCCUUAUUCAAAAGUAUAGUGGACGCAACUUGACCCCGAUGGUUGACCUUUGUAUUAUAUAUAUAAUACGUAAUGAGGCACAACUUAUUAUUGAAAACGAAAAUGGAAAUAUAAAUAUGUGUGAAUAUAAAUUAGUGUAUUGGAAAGUUUUAACUGAUCAAAUGUAAAUAUACAUACUUUGAUACUGCACUGUGUACAAACUUAGUCUAUAUAAAUAUACACAGCUACCCUAAGGCCCCUUAUUUCUACAAUGAAAUAAUCAAUAUGAAUAAUCAGGCUAAGGUCAACCAUCGCGGUCAAGUUGCGACUACUAUAAGUUUGACAAGUGUACAUAAAGAGUAAGAAUAACUAUUUUUACAUGAAUGUUUGCAGUUGUUUUUUUCACUUAAGUCUGUUUGUUUGUAUUUCCAGCUAUAAUAUCUGGUUUCCUGUCUGUUAUGGUGUUUAGCAGUUAGUAUAGGCAGGCUCUCCAGCAAUACAUCAGAAAAAACUAGGAGAAAACUAGGAAUUGUUCACGCAGAAAACUAGGAAAAAAACUAAGAAAAUCUAGAAAUACUGAGACAAAAUCUAGGAGGUAUUAUCAGAUAAAGUGUUACCUUGCUGCUGUUUUUCUAUCCAAUUACCAUACAUAUAAGUGUUCAGCUGACUGUAAAUUUGCUUCUGCAGUUUCUGUUUGGCAUCGUUUACCUUAAAUCACCAUGGGUGAAGGCCAAACUGUGUACCAGUGACACCAAACCACUACUGCCGGUAGCACAGGCAAGUCAGCUGAACAUCUCUACAUUGUUUUCUGCAAGAAAAUGUUCAAAACACAUUUAAAACACAAAACUGAAACUUUCAGACAUAAUGCUGCAAGUGAAAAACUAGGAAUACUAGGAGCAUUUUAGAAAAACUAGUAGCACCUUUAAAAAACUAGAAAAACUAGGAACGGCUGGAGAGCCUGUAUAGGGUACCUUAGGUAUAAAAACUUACAUCUAGUUUCCUGGCCAUCAUGUUGUUUUUUAGGUGCUGGGUAUAAAAUUUAUAGCUGGCCCUGCCUGUAAUGGUUUGUAGUUGUCAGAAUAGGGUACCAUGUAUUAAAUCUUACAAUUGGUUAUCUGCCAUAAAACAUUUCUACUCUUAAAAGAUCAUAAAGAAUAUAAUAUUGCUGAUUGUAUAGAAAAUUCUACCAUUCAGAACUAAGGAUUACUGGCCUAGCAAACAUGGUAUAUCAGGCCAAUAUAAGUUUGGCAGUCAGCUGUUAUCAGACAUUCUGACUUGACCUAAUUUAUUUUUCUAUUAAACAAAGAAGACAGAAACUGUGCUAUUAUGCAAAAUAAGCCAUAAUUUCAAAAGUGAUAGUGGCAUGCUAAAAAAGAAAACCACACAAAAUAAGAAAAUAUUUGUCUAAUGUUGCCAAAGAUAUUGAUAGUAAUCUUUGAUAUCUCACCAGAAUCAAAACUAGAACUGUCACAGGAGUGACGAAUAAAACCCCCACAAUACGGCCUUGUCACAGAAGUAUGACAAAUUUUAAGCUGGAAAGGGGCCAGAACUACAUAAAAAAAUGGUGGUUUGUAGUCAAAGUAGAACUUUACCUGUAUUUUGUGAUGUUACACCUGUGUACCAAAAAUUAUUUAAAUCUGUGAAGCCAUUGAUGAGUUACUGUCUGGAAACCAUGAAAACUGACAGCCAGACCGACAAGCUAACUCCUAUAUACCCCACUCCACAAACGUUGUUUGUGGGGGUCUCUUCAAUAAAGUUAUUGUUUGUCAUUCAGAUGUAUAUUAUUUAAUAUGUCUCUGAACUUCAGUGAUUUUAUUCAACAACAAAUCAGUUUUUUUGAUCAACAGCUAAUCAAGGUUUGUUUAAAACAAUAUUUGGCUGAAGUCGGGUUUACAGAACUAAUGUAAUGUUUGACCUGUACUAAAAAUCGUAUCAAUCAGAUUUCAUCUUAGUAUGUAAAUUAUGCUUGCUGGGUGGUUAUGAUCUACCUGUAUUAUGCUAAUAAAGAAAUGUUGAAAAAAAAGUAGAAACAAAAGCUUAAGCAGGCCUUUAUCAUAAUCCUUCUUACCCAAUUUUGCUGUGAUUCUUACAUCACAUACUAAAACAUGUCUUCAACAAAAAUAAUUUAUAAAUUGGACCUAUACUAUUAAGAAACAAAGUACAGCUUUCAAGGAAGUUGAUUUCCAAAAUGAAAAUUUCAAAUGCAACAUACUUUACUGACAUGAUAAAGCACAAGUUGCUAAGUUGAUCACUGUUUUAUAAUGCAAGUAGCUAUAUUGUAAAAACAGAAAUUUUUGCAAGGGUUUAAUUUUCGCUAUAUUCCGGAGGCCCUUAGUAACAACUCGUGAAAAUUCAUCCUCGCAUAAAUGUUCACCAUUAGUGUAAUUCAAAUUCAAGUAUGAUACCAUUUUUACAAUUUUGCAAAUAUUAAACCUCACAAACAUACUCAAAAUUUCAAAUUCGCGAAAUUCUGACCCAGCAAAAAUAUGUGCUUUUACAGUAUAUCUGCAUCAUAGACAACACUCCAGUUUAGCCGGUGAUGCAGACAAACAGACAAUUAUUAUCACAAAAGCUUAUAGAUUGUCAUUCGUUGUAAAUAUUUAAGGAAAAAUAAAAAUUGUUGUUUAACCAG